AUGGGCGAAGAAGAGGAAGAAGAGGAGACAACAGUAACAAGUUCAACAGCAGUAACAGUAUCAGUAUCAAGUAACCAAGACGAAGAGGCAUGGAACCAGAGGAAGCAAACCCAGAUAGUAGAAUUAUCGGAGAGACUAAUGAAUGGAGAUCUCAAAAGCCAAAUAGAAGCAGCCAGAGAUAUAAGGAAGCUCGUCAGGAAAUCAUCUGCAAAGGCUCGCUCCAAAUUUGCAGCUUCUGGGGUCAUUCAGCCUCUCAUUUUUAUGCUUCUCUCUUCCAAUUUUGAUGCCCGUCAUGCCUCUCUUCUUGCCCUCCUCAAUCUCGCUGUUAGGAAUGAACGAAAUAAGGUGAAGAUAGUGACAGCUGGUGCUGUCCCCCCACUUGUGGAACUUCUCAAGUUGCAGAAUGGUAGUUUAAGGGAAUUAGCUGCUGCUUCAAUUUUGACACUCUCAGCUGCUGGACCUAACAAACCUAUCAUUGCAGCUUCAGGAGCUGCACCCCUUCUGGUUCAGAUCCUCAGCUCUGGGAGUGUUCAAGGGAAAGUUGAUGCUGUCACAGUCCUACACAACCUCUCCACCUGUGCAGAGAAUACACAUCCUAUUGUGGAUGCUAAAGCAGUUUCCCCUCUCAUCAAACUCCUGAAAGAAUGCAAGAAAUAUUCUAAGUUUGCUGAGAAAGCUACAGCCCUGCUCGAAAUCCUCUCGAACUCUGAAGAAGGACGAAUUGCCAUCACAGACUUAGAUGGCGCGAUUUUAACAUUAGUAGAAACGGUUGAAGAUGGAUCACUUGUUAGUACAGAACAUGCUGUUGGAGCUUUGCUCUCUCUGUGCCAGAGCUGCCGAGAAAAGUACAGGGAACUAAUUCUUAAAGAGGGUGCAAUCCCAGGUCUUCUGCGACUGACAGUGGAAGGGACCUCUAAAGCUCAAGAUAGAGCUCGUACUCUCUUAGACUUGCUCAGAGAUACGCCUCAGGAGAAGAGAUUGCCAUCGUCAGUGUUGGAGAGAAUUGUCUACGACAUUGCUACACGAGUUGAUGGCUCAGAUAAAGCUGCUGAAACUGCCAAGAGGUUACUACAAGACAUGGUUCAAAGAAGUAUGGAGCUGAGCAUGAACAGCAUCAAGCAUAGGGCUGCAUCAUGUACACCUUCAAAGAUUACAUCUAAAUAA